CUAGCAGCGUUAUAUUAAUUAUGUUGAAAAAAUCAUUCUUUAAAUGGAGCAUUAUUUAUUUAUUUAUAUUUCUACUUGCGUAUUUUAUUAACGUAACUGAUGGAGAUAGCAAUGGCUACAAUGAAAAUAAUAAACAAACUGAAAAAUCAAAACCCUGCGGAGAUUAUUUGACGUCGUCACGAGGAAUAAUUAGUACACCGAAUUUUCCUCGACAAUUUAGUGUUCCUAUAAAGUGUCGUUGGGUGAUUGAUGCUACAGAAAUUCGAAUGUCCAGCACCAAUAGUGACAACACAACUAUUGUGGUCUAUCUUACUCAACUCUACGUAUACAAAGGUCUUAGAUUCACGGAGUAUGCCUACUAUGAUUCUCCAGAAAGUACUAACUUUGGUGCGAUUAUUUUAAAAGACGUAACAGAAGGUAAUGUUUUUGACAAUAUAACACUGGAAACAAACAGACCUUUUCUUGUUAUCGAAUUCGAGCUUGAAAGACUCGAAGGCAACCACAUCCGAGUUCUCCAUGAUUUGCUGGAUGUGUAUGGAUUUAAUAUAACAUAUGAGAUAACUUCUCCUGAAGAAAUAAAUACUGAUUCUUGUUCCGUUAAAAAUUGUUCUUUUGCUGGUAAUUGCAUUGUUGACACCAGUUUCAGUGAAUUCAAGUGUCUCUGCUUCAAUGAAUUCAGCGGAAAAGGUUGUUCGAACGGACCUCUCUGUAAUAGUGACAACAAUAUAAAUGUCAAUCAUCGAAACUCGAUUUGCCAUAAUGGAGGAACUUGCAGUCAUAUAGGUGCUGAAUUUGUAAAAUGUCAUUGUAGAUCCGGCUACACCGGUAAUUAUUGCGAAAUACCGAUUAUUGCUGACACGUCAGAAAUGAUAGUAACGAAUCCAAAUCAAGAAUGUCAAGAAGGCACUUCUUGGUGUAUUUUGCAAUGUCCGUACUAUGAAAAUGAUCAUGACAACCGACCCUGUAAUCAUUGUAAGCGACAAUUAAUUUCUAAUUAUUAUAAUCGUGCAAGAUUUGAAUUCCAAAUAAAAUUAUUAAACACUUCUUCACUUCGAGGAAAUUUCCCAUCUUCUUCACAAGUCAACACUCUAGAGCUUUUCUUGAAGAAACAACUUACCAAGUAUUUAAAAAAUAACAUUGACAUAACAAUCAUGGAAGAUUUGAAAAUUAAAAAUAUAACACCAUCAGGCGAAGUAAUACUUAGCUUCUUUGGACUUUCAACGGAGAGUGAUAAAAUCCGAGAUGCUCUAAAUCGUCUCGUUCAGCGGAGACGUCUCAAUGACUUGAUUUUAGAAUCCACACACCUGACCUUUCAGCAAAAGCCGUCUCUGCGAAUAAAGUUGCUAGAAAUAAUGAACAAUCCAAAAAAUGUCAAUCAUGUACGCUUAGGAGACGAGUUAUAUUUGAGAUGCGUUGUACAAGGAAGUUCUGCAAUGAAGUAUUUCUGGUAUAAAGACGAGAUGUUGGUCAACACCAGCAAAUCCGUCAGGGGAAUCGAGCUUCAGAAAGAACUUAUUGAUGAUGCAUACAUAAUAACUUUAUUAAUAACCAAAACAACUCUUUUGGAUGCUGGAUAUUACACCUGUCAAGCUAUUGACGGAGAAAUACAACAGUGUAAAAGUAUUUACAUAAGCGUGAAAGAUGAACCACCUAAUGUGAAAAUUCUUCCAAUGAGCGCUACUAUAGAAAAAGGUAACAACAUACAACUUAUGUGCAUAACGGCUCCCAACAAAGAAAGCUUGGAAAUAGGCUUUGGUUGGACUAAAAAUCGCGCAUUACUUAAACUUGAACCGGGGCAUCAAGUGUGGGAAGACCUCUAUCCAGCUGGAAGUAUUCUAAAAAUUAUGAACGCUCAGAAAUCAGCAAUAUACACGUGCAAUGUCGCUCAUCGCUCAAUGUCUGUAAGGAUAGACGUAAUUAAUCGGACACUUGUUCCAAUUUGUACAAAAGAAACUGCUUGGGGAAUGCGAUGGCUAGACACUGGGCCUGGCUCAGCAGCUCUUUUAGAGUGUCCUAGACACUUUAUAGGUGAAAAAGUAUCGAGAUUAUGUGCAAUGAAGGAUGCUACCACGCCGAUGUGGCAAACUCCGGAUUUUUCUCAAUGCUUGUAUCAACCCCUUAUAUAUCCAUACAAUCAGUUUCGCAGUUUAACUUUGGGUUAUCAAAAUACUAGUACUCAUAAUACUAUUAUCAGCAUAUGGAAAAUUUUUAAUUCACGGGAGCUGGCUUUGUAUCCUGGAGAGGGUGAUGGCAUUGUAAAUAUUCUGGCUGAAAUCGAGCAUUACUCUAUGAAUAAGAAGCAAAUCACAAAUAUGCAUGAAUCAGCAGAGACAUUUAUGCACAUAAUAAACCGAAUACUUGUUAAUGAAAAUUCUAUUCUUCGUCGCCAAUUACUGAUGCAGCAACUUAUUCAGCGCAAUGUACAAAAUUGGGCAAAGAAAACAACACAGCCAACACAUUUAGCUUUAUCUUCAAUGGUGAUAGACAUUCAGCCGUUCUACGUCGUUACCGUUCUUUCAACUUUAAUAAUAGAAACAAAGUUCCUCUUACAAAUUCCUACAGAAGACUAUACAUAUCCAUAUUGGUACAAUGAUAAAGUAGAAAUUAGAAUAAUAAAACAAAGCCGAGGAAGACGAAGUGAGGAGUCUAAAUUAUUCACCAAUCAAACAUCUCUACUAAAUGGAGCAGUUAUUCUUUACAGAAAUAUUACUAGUUUUUUACCAAAUGCAUUCGUUAAAGAAUUAGAGGAUGGUACUGAUCUCGAGUAUCAUUUUAAUUCGCGAGUUAUAAGUGUUACAAUUGUCGGACAAGAAUCAUCAAACAAAAAACAAAAUAUUGAUAUAUCAACAUCUAAAGUAGAGAUUGUCCUUACACUGGGGCAUUUGCAACAAAACCAAUCACUAUUAAAGCGAUGGAACGUAUCUUGUGGCGUUGAAGACUUAUCAACUGGUUCUUGGGAUCUAGAUUCUUGCAUUACUCUGAUAGCUAGCAAUGAUCAGGCUGAAACUCAGUGCAUAUGUUCAAAUCCAGGAACAUUUGCAGUUUUUCUUACAACACGUGCUGUCAAAGUAGUUGAUGCAAAAAGUAAACCGUCGACGUUCAUAGUAUUGUUGGGAUGCAGCAGUUGUUUACUUCAGUGCACUAUGUCUUCAAUUAUUUUAAGCGUUAUACUUUGGAAACGGCCUACAUGGUUGAAUUUUCUGAAAUUACAAACUUCGAGCGCCCUUAUUGGUGCAAUGUCUAUCUUUGUAUAUGCAACUUGCAAUACUGUACCAGAAAUAGAAUUUGCAAGAACUGCUGUGACUUUAGAAGCCUUUUUACUGAUAGGAAUGGCUGCUCCGAUAUCACAAGCUUUGAUUGUCUAUGCUGAUAUUACGUAUAACCGUCGUCGACAAUUAAGCCGACAUUUUCAACCGACAGUUAUUGGAGUUAUCACGGGUUUACCUAUUUUGUGUAUUUUGACCACGGAGCUGACUCACAAUACUAGCACAGGCAGACGACAUGAAUCGUGGUGGUUGAUUUUUGGUGGUGGAGUGUAUAGUAUUUUUGUUAGUUGUGUUGCAACAAUGCUUCUGAUAUUCAUGUUACUUUACACCGGAGUUUUACAUCGUGCUCACGUGUUGACUGAAAAUGUGGAAAAUGUCAGUGGUGGCGGUGGAAUUGUCGUCAUGAAAAAUAAAUUUCUUCAACAGAGAGUCAGGAUAAUUCAUCACGCUGCAAUAAUAAUAUGUAAUCUUAUUCUUGUGGAAGUAGCUUCUAUGUUUUACAUCAAUUACACAACUGAAUUUUAUCAUUAUCUUUUCGCAUCUGUAUCAGCGUUUUUUGGUUUUGGAAUGUUAAUUUUGAAUAUCGGAAGUUCAGAGGUUGAAUUGCUGGCUCCAAUUUUCCAACAAGUUAUAUGUCGGAAAAAUGAUGAAAAAGAAAUGACAACUACUACAACGAUGAUAACUUUUUCAGAUACUGUCAAAGUUCAUACUAAAAUUCCGGUCGAAAGUGCUGAAAGUAUUCCGGUAGCGUCAGUUUCUACUGGAGCAGGUGUCUUUCGUUUACCACCAACAACAUACAUGAGAACACGAGGAGUAGUAACUGCUGGCAAUGUACAACAUGCAAAUGAAAUGAAUGAUGAACAAUUCUCCAACAAUCUUGGACAUCCGGCAUCAUCAACAAUUCGCCGUGAUAUCUUUCUUCCUGAAAUUCGAGUAAAUUAUUCGGAUAACAUAAACCUUGAAACUUACAGUACGAGCCCUCGUAAAUAUCAAGAAUCUCUCACAAAUACAUUUCAUAGUAUUCCAUCGUCAAUGCCGCCGCCACCGCCAGAAUUUUAUCAUACUGAUUCAUCAUACAACCGGGAAAAUGAUAAUAGUACAAGUUUUAGCGGUGAUCAAUUAGUUACUGCAGGCGAUAGUAUUGAUCGCCGUCGAAGUAACCCUCAGCAAGCCGAUCGCUCGUCAGAGUGCAUAGCCAAAGUUUUGUGCAAUGCGGAUAUCGAGUCGAGAAUAAACAUGACAAUGAUGAUGCCAGAUGUUACGUUAGCGGCUGCAACAACAGCAACAUCGUCUUCCGUCGACAACUUAGUUGAAGAAAAAUGUGUAGAUGAAUAUACCGUAAAUGUUCCUGACAUAGCCAGCACUAGUGAACAGCAACAACAAAAACGUAUACGAUCCACCAGUAUUAUAGAAGAAGAAAACCCGGAGAUAACAAUUACCGAUUGUGAUAACACCGCAUCAAACACUAUUACAGGAGUAGGUAUGCUUGAUCGGAUAUCACACGAUCUGGAUUACUUAUUGAAUCGAUGAGUUCAAACUAUCAAUGAUUUAUUUAUUUCAAAUCUUAAGCAAUUUUAUAUAUAAAUAUAUAUACUUAAAAUUUGAGAGUCGUGUAUGAAUGAGUGUGAAAACUUCAAUUUUUUAAAUUACAUUUUUCCAAUUAAUGCAAGAAAAAUAAGUCUUUCAUAGCCAAUAGAUUGCACCAUAAUAAAAUAAUGUCGUCCACAAUAUGCUGUGAUUGGUUUAUAUUUAGUUGAUAAAUUUAAUAAUUUUUUCGUGUGACGAAAAUAAAUAAAUAGUUAUGUAUAUCUGUAACUAAUUUAUUCUAGUGUCUUUUUCAAGUACUAGAAAACAAAUAAAAUAAAACGUUAUUUUCUUGCAUUUGAUGCUAAAUUAAAAACAUACUAUUAGGUAAUAACAUCAAAAAGUAGUUCUUUAACAUUACAUCGCAUAUAUAUGUACUAUUUUACAAUUAUUUCUAAUAGUCAAUAAAAAAUAAAUCAAUUAUAAA